AUGGCUAAACAUGUUGCCGAGACCAAUGCUGUCGAGGUUCCUCUCAAGACUGCCAUUGCUCUGGAGAGAGGUAUCUGGGUUCGCAGAUCCUUCUCUCAAAAACUCACAGAGAGUGGUGCAAGACGGGAUCGUCGCUCCGAUGCUUCUCAUUCUCACUUCGUAGAAGUCCUGGAGAAGCUCCGCGGCUAUCUCAAACCAAUCAUGAAAGCUGGUCUUUUCAAACCAGAUGAUCUCGACAAGAAGCCGGAUGUCAAGGCAAACCACCCCGCCGAGGGCAUGUUUGACGUCCUCAACGUCUACACUCCUUCUGAGGAAUUCCUCAAUGCUCCUGACAUCACGCCUACUCCUACUGCUGAGCCUGAGACUCAAUACACCGUUGAGGAAGAGGUCACCUGGGAAGACGCCUUCUUCGCCUUCGCCGCUCUUCUCCGCGACUAUGAUUAUCUCAGUCUUUUCGACAGCUACGUAAAACACAACCGUACUACUAUCGGUCCUGGAUCCUACAACGGCGCCUUUGGCUCGGCGCCAAUGGCAGAAACAAUACCGAGAGGUGACAAGGCGGCCCUGUUCGAGGUCUUUUCGGGUUUUCACUUCCUUACCACACAGCCUGGUCAUGGUGACGUGGAGGACGAGCUUGUCCGCGGCAUGGACGCUGCGCUCAGGGAAAAGAAAGAGAACCCUCCUCGUCUCUGGAUAUCUUGGGCUCUUCAGAUGUAUCUCGACAUCGUCCAGGGUCUUGGAGAGUCCGUCGGGCGCGGGUAUGAGCAGUUCAAGCAGGAGAGUCUGAAGAUCCAAAAGGCUCUUGUUGAUCUUCCCAAGACGGCUGAGCGCAGGCAAGUCCUUCAGGCGGCGACGCGAUGGAAUCACGAUCCUAUCUUCGAGACGAGCCAGGUAAACGUGGAGAUGGGCCUGGCCCCUCACGAUAGUGAAGAGUCUCCUGAGUUCCACUUCCUUCGGCGUCCAUACUGCUGCACCCAGCGGUGGUCUGGUGGCUACUACACAGCUCUACCAAGCCCUCCGGCAAAAAGAGGGCCGUAUCCCUCAAGGGCAAGCGCGGGAGGAUACCAAGGCAACGCGUGCUUCUUUGUUGGAAAGCCGCCCAUGGAUCUCGAGGGCUACUACAAGAACUACUGUCUCUGCCUGGGCACUUCACUCACAAACUGA